GGAUCUCUGAGACGCUCUGAAAAGGAGCAGAUUCUCAAAACUGCUGCAGCUGCUGCUUUUCUGCAGGAAAAGAAAGAAAAGCGUGGUGAACUGGCAAAAGAAGCACCUUUUCCUGACAUCAAAGCAGAUCGUCGGCUUCCUCUGAUGAGUUCCCCGUCUGCUCAGAUUUGCUGAGAUCUGAGUGAAAACGCGAUCGCAGAGGGAGAUUCAGGCAACGUAAUGAGGACGCUGCCGAACGUUCCCUCCGGUUUUAAACUCUCCGGGUUUUUCCAAACAAGCUCGCCGAGCGAUUUGCUGCUGAAGCCAGAAUGAGUCAGGAAGACGUUUUCUGCCUUUAAUCGUUCUUUUGUUCAUCAAGGAAGCAGCGUCUUUGUGUUUUUUUUUUAUCUUAAUGGCACAACUGAAGAGCUUGGAUCGCUUCCCUCCGUUAGCCUCAGUUUCUUUUAUUGCUUUGUGGAAGAAAAGCGAAAUGCGGAGGAUCUGGGUCAGUCGUUUCACUGAAAUGCUGCCCCCAUUCAGCAAAUAAUGAGAAAAACAUCAUUAUCUGAAACGUAAAUGCUGAAAGGAGACAUUUUGCUGCCUUUCGUCAAGUUCCUGGGAAACACGGAGGUGGAAGCCCCGAAAGGCACCGAAGUGGUGAAGGACGCAGUGAGGAAGCUGAAGUUUCAGAGGCACAUCAAGAAGUCGGAGGGCCAGAAGAUUCCCAAAGUGGAGCUUCAGAUCUCCAUCUACGGCGUGAAGAUCCUGGACCCCAAAACCAAGGAUGUGCAGCACAACUGUCAGCUGCACCGGAUAUCGUUCUGCGCCGACGACAAGACGGACAAACGGAUAUUCACCUUCAUCUGCAAAGACUCCGAGUCCAACAAGCACCUCUGCUACGUGUUCGACAGUGAAAAAUGCGCGGAGGAGAUCACCCUCACCAUCGGCCAGGCCUUCGACUUGGCCUACAAGAAGUUUCUGGAGUCUGGAGGGAAAGACGUGGAGACGAGGAAGCAGAUCGGCGGGCUGCAGAAGAGAGUACGGCGUUGGGGCGCUGCAUUGAUGGUUUCAAUUCAGGAACUGGAAACGGAAAACGCUGAGCUGAAGAAACAACUGCAGGAGCUGGAGGAGCAGCUGAUGAUCGCUCAUGUGCCACCACCGCCGGACGCGGCGGGCGAGUCCUUCCUGCUGCACAGGCCGUCCUCUCUCUUCUGGUUUCACAGCGUGUCGUCGCUGUCCUGUCUGGAGAUUUCCUCCGUCACGCUGACGCCCAUGAGCUCUCCGGACUCCAGCGUCUCCGCGGGGAUACUAACCCCUCCGCCUGCUAAACACACUCCUCCUCUUCCUCCUCCUCUUCCUCCUAAAGCCGGCGAGGCCUGCAGCAUCCCGCGGCCUCGUGCGGGGAGCGUCUCGGUGAAGCUGCAGUCCACGGACGUUUUCGACAUGGUUCCCUUCUCCACGGUGACGCCGCUGGUUCCCAGCAGGGCCAGUAAUGGCUGCCCUCCGCCGCCGCCGACCUCCCUGCCGCCCGACAUGAGUAAAGAUUUGUUCGGAGCGGAGCCGUUUGACCCGUUCACCUGCGGCGCGGCCGACUUCCCUCCAGAUAUCCAGUCGAAGCUCGAUGAGAUGCAGGAGGGGUUCAAAAUGGGACUGACCAUGGAGGGCACCGUCUUCUCUCUGGACCCGCUGGACGGCCGCUGCUGAUGCCAACAAAACUUUUAACUCGUUUGUAUGGAAAAAGUGCCAAWAUCCACUCCAUGGUUGAGAUGUCACAGCCGCCAUCUUGGGGUUUAUAUGCAUUUGCAUUUUGGUUGGUUUUUCGAUAUUUCAGCAUAAACUUGGAUCUGUUAAAAGUAAAGAACUAUUUUUGUAUGAACUGAGAAGAUUCUGGAAGGAGACGUUUUGGGUACCUUUGCUGUAAAUAGUCUGAGAUGUCCAAUGGUACACUCUGUGGCAGAGUUUUCAUAUCUGUGUGAAUUCUGUGUUGGUGACACAUUCCUGUUUAUAUGGAGAACAAAAGCUGACAAACAUUAAGUGUUCCAUUAACACCAACCUUCAGCUUCACUGAAUGGUUUACCUCACAUUAUUCCUUUUUAUAUAGAUUAUUACUCCAGCCAUAACUUUUUAACCCACUGACUCUUACACAUGUUGGUUGUUUCUACUUUUUUUUUUUUUUUUUUUUACAUUUUCCACUUUUAAUUUCCCCCCGAACUCUGUAAUCAUUGUAUUUUUUUCCCCUACAUUUUCCGAGUCCAUACAGAAAUAUUCCUGUCAUUUACUUUUGGUUACUUUGCAGUUAUUAAAGAAACUCCUUCUGGGGAAAAAAACA